AUAACUAUUAAUAUGGUCAAAUUGUCAUUUUAUAUAUAUUUUAUAACUGAAUUGAAAUAUAAACAUCUGCGAUAAUGUCAAGAGCAGAAUGGUUUACACCAGUUGCCCAUCAAAAAAAUUAUCAAUAUUUUUGGGGAAAAUUAGAAGAUUCAGUACCAAAAGCUGUACCGCUUGAUCUCGAGCCAACUCUAAGUUACUUUAAUAAUGAGACCACACAUGAAUAUAUUCAAGAAUAUGAUCUACAUUUCAAUUAUACGAAAACGUUUCCUUUAUGGGAUAAAAGAAAGAACAAAGAUAACGCAAACUACUUACCGGAUAUAAGAGAAAAUAUAUUUGAACAAGAAAAGGACAAACCGGUUCCAGUUCUUACCUCAAUGACGUAUGGCAAGCUCUAUAACGUUGAAUACGAUAAGCCCGAGGUGAUAUAUCGGAGACAACACGCAAUACAAGAUUUCCAGAGAAGACGUGGAGUUUUAUUUCCAAAGGAACGAAAACCAAAUUAAAUGCAUUUAGAAAAAUUUAACAAAAUUAUGCAUUUCAAUAAACUAAACCGUUUCUUUACUAUAA